UUUUUUUUCAAUAAAACACUCUUUAUGAGCGGUGCUACUACUACUGUUGAAACUACUCAAACUGCCGCUUCUACUUCUCAACAUGUUCCAAAAAGUACUAUAGACAAUAAAAGCAACGAACCUCCUAGUUCAAACAAGAAACCCAAUAAGCGACACAAUAAGGGCAAGAAGAAGGCUCCUAACGCAUUAAAUGCUACGGAAGCAGGUACUCCUAGCAAACUAAAUGAAGGCGAAAAUCCAAAGAAGCCAUCCAGUAACAACAAGGGCAACUCAAAGAAGCCAAAGCCUGUCAACAAUAAGCCUGUUGCAGCUCGUAUAAGCAAAGACAGAGCACAAGGCCGUUUGACGCAAGAAGAAGACCAUGAAGCAGUCCCUUCUACUUCUAGCAAUCAUCGAAAAAAGAAGCGAUCAAAUAACCGACAGAAAAAAGAAAAACAUGAGUUACCACCUGGCAAUCAUGAUAUGUCAACCAUCUUGUCUCAUGAACUCAAGACUUCAGCCUAUGAAUGUAUGAUCUGUAUGGAUACUAUAAAGCCGGUUAAUUAUAUAUGGACUUGUGAUUGCUGUUGGGCCAUGUUCCAUCUGAACUGUGUCCAAACUUGGGCAUCAAGAUCAUUGAAAGACACUUCUUCAAACAAAAUGAUUACUGCUUGGAGAUGUCCUGGCUGUCAAAAUAGCCAAACUGUUAUACCUAAAGACUAUUUAUGUUUCUGUGGAAAACAGAGAAAUCCUGAAUCCUCAAGAUACAAUACACCUCAUAGUUGUGACCAAUUAUGUAAAAGACAUAAAUCAUGCCCUCAUGAAUGUGUAUUACCAUGCCAUCCAGGUCCUUGUCCCCCUUGUAAUUCAAUGGGUCCAGUUUUGACUUGUUAUUGUGGUCAAACAACCCGUCAACAGAGAUGCUUAGACACAGACUAUUCUACCAAAGGAUUUUCAUGUACAGACACAUGCGAUGAACUAUUGGGCUGUGGUAAACACCGCUGUCAACAAGAAUGUCAUGCUGGUAUUUGUCCUCCUUGCGAUAUCCAAGAAGUUCAAUCAUGCUAUUGUGGAAGACACGAAAGAACAGCACGUUGUGGUAGUGGUAAACAGAUUCAAAUGCGAGGACAUAUUGGUCACUACAGCUGUGCAGAAAAAUGUGAUGCUAUGUUUGCUUGUGGCCAACAUCAGUGCGAAAAGUCUUGUCACCCAUGUACAGCCAAUGCUCAACCUUGUCCUGCUGAUCCAACCUUUAUCAAGACAUGUCCCUGUGGUGCACAUACGAUAGCUGAAUUAGUGGGCGAACGUACCAGCUGUACAGAUCCUAUUCCUACUUGUGAGUCGACAUGUAACAAAGUAUCUGCUUGCGGUCAUCCAUGCUCUGAAAAAUGCCAUGUUGGCGAUUGUCCUCCUUGUCAAGUGAAAGUCCAAGUUGCUUGUCGCUGCCAAUCCACCUCUUUUGAAGAAACAUGUGCUGAUGUAUGUGAAGCUAACGGCGGUGAACCUCCUUUAUGUGAUCGUAUUUGUAGAUCCAUUCGCAACUGUGGUCGUCAUCAAUGUGGUCAGAAAUGUUGUCCUGCUAUGAAAGUCAAAGGGAAAAGAAAAGCAGGUACUGAAUACGCUCACGAUUGUCCUCAAGUUUGUGAUCAACUAUUAUCGUGUGGUAUUCAUCGAUGUCAAGACAAGUGCCAUAAAGGAAAAUGUCUACCUUGCUUGGAAGCUACGUUUGAUGAUGUUACAUGCCAUUGUGGACGCACACGACUAGAGCCUCCUGUACGCUGUGGUACGAAACUGCCUCCUUGUCCACACCCGUGUAUUCGCCCUAAUCCUUGCGGUCACAUCCGGUUCUUGAACCAUAACUGUCAUCCCGAUGACGAACCUUGUCCUCCUUGUCCUACACUUGUGAGCCGUCCUUGUUUAUGCGGUAAAACAGAACUUAAGAACGUACCUUGUUAUCGUGAAUCACCUCGAUGUGGUCGUGUGUGUGAAAAACAACUGAGCUGUGGUAAGCACAUUUGUCUGAAGACAUGCCAUGAUGGUCCUUGUAUUGGUGAAAAUGAGUCAUGUACGCAAGUGUGUGGUGGUACUCGUAACAAAUGUGGUCAUGUUUGUAAAGAGAAAUGUCAUCAAGGUGAAUGUCCUCAAACAGAACCUUGUACAGCCAGAAUCAAAGCAACUUGCAGUUGUGGACAAAAUUCGAUUGAAAUACCUUGCAAUGCUACUGAAGAAUCCAACGGUUCUAAGAGAGAAUUGGAGUGUAAUGACUUCUGUGCAAAGGUGAUGCGCAACCGUCGAUUGGCAAUGGCUCUAGAUAUCAAGCGUGAUGAUUUCUCUACGCCUCUUUCACCUGCAUUAUCUGCUUCUUCAGACAGGGUGUUUUCUUCUGACGACUUGGGCUAUUAUGAUGACAGUUUAUGUGAGUUUUAUAUUGAAAAUACCAACUGGUGCCGACAGAUGGAAAUCAUCAUGAUUGAAUUUGUGCAAGAUGCAAACAAAAAGUCGUUCCAUUUCAAGCCUAUGCGUAGUGAACAACGUCGCUUUUUACACCGUUAUGCUGUUCAUUUUAAUCUUGCUACCGAAGCUAUUGACAGCGAGCCUAAACGCUCUGUGAUCAUGCGCAAAACAAUCGGUGUUUGCCGCGUACCUCCUAUCCUGUUAUCUAAAGCAGCUCGCAAUCCUUCUUUGAACCGUCCUCCACCUGUUGUUGAACAAGAGCCUGUCAAACUCACACUCAAACAACCCGUGAAUGCGUUGUAUUUGUCUGAUAUGGCCUUUGGUUUGACCAAACUUGAAUUGGAUGCGGAUCUAGCUCCCUUAAUGAAGAUUGACCAAGAUACGAUUCACUUCACUAGCGAAUGGGUCAACGAAAACGAUGCAAUUGUAGUUCCGUCGAUCAAUGAUGCUAUCUCAAUGGACGAAAAGGAAAAGAUUAUCUGGCAACUCAAAAAGACUGUCAAGACAGCCUUUACAAAUAAGGAAGACGGUAAGGCAGCUCGCGUUGAUUGUUGUUGGGUGAAUCAAAAAGGGGACGUGACCUGGAAUGAAAAGUAUUUGCAAAAGAAAGAGACAGCUGUUGAGCCUUCAUUCAACAAAACCCGUACUGUAAAUGCAUACGAUGUGCUAAGUACUGUUGAUGAUGAUGGGUGGAUGAAAGUUGGUGGAAACAAUCCUUAUCGCCCUACAAGAGAUGCUUGGCUUGAUAGUCCAAAGUCUGGUUCUGUUGUAGAAAGCUCUGGAUCAAAAGAAGACAGUGAAAAUGAACAAGCAACAUCAGAUCAUGUUUCUAGUACAACAACAAUAGCCACUACAAUAGACUCAACCUUAACUGACUCAAAAGAAAAUAAUGAACCAGAAGAUUGGGAGAAUCUAAUUAACGAAGAAUAACUAGACAAUACCCUAUGUAUAUUUUUUUUUUCUGUAAAAUGAAUAAUAAAGUUUUUGUGUUUCUUGUAAUAUACUCUUUUUGACG